AUGCGACACGUUUCGCCCAUUUCGGUCAGACGUGAUGUGACUCACAAAUACAGCCUCAUGUUGUCCGUCUUUAUCUUCACCCCAGCCUACUACCAGUGGGUACCAUUUGUGUUGGCCCUGCAGGGCCUACUCUUCAUGCUUCCAAUGUUGCUGUGGCGCAUGCUUUUUCGCAUCAAGGCUGGUGUCAAUCUGCAGAGAAUCCUGGAGAAGACAACAAAUUCGGAGAACAGCGAUCUCUUCCUGAACCAGACUGGUCUCUCCUUGCACAUUCUCAAUGCGCUACGUAUUCCGAUAAAAAAGCAGAUUUCUAAAGGCUUCGAAACUGAUAAAACGGUUCACUACACUUUGGGCAAGACGGUGCCGCGCAUCACUCACCUGCUGCCCAUCUACUUGGGCAUCAAACUGCUCUAUUUCACAAAUGCCGUGAGUCAACUGGUGCUGAUGUACCAUUUUCUCGGACUCGACCGAGCUGAGGUCGGCUGGAACCCGAUGAGCUUCGGGCCGCUGCUGGCGCAGAGUCUGUUGCGCGGCGAGUUCUGGCAGGAGACGCGCAUCUUCCCACGUGUGGCGUUUUGUGUGCUCUCCGAGAUGCGUUUUAUGGGCUCCAAGAACACACACACGGCGCAGUGCGUGCUGCCCAUCAACAUGCUACAUGAGAAGGUCUACCUCUUUCUGUGGUUUUGGAUCGGCCUCGUGGCGCUCUGUACCGCCGUCAGCCUGCCAAUCUGGAUCUACCGAAUCUACCUGCCCAAUUCCAGACACGAAUACGUAAAAGUGCUCAUUCGGCGGGCGGCAUUGUUGAAAGAAAUUGGACCGUGGGAAAUCAACAUGAACCAAUUUAUUGAUGAAUUUCUUGGCAAAGAUGGUGUUUUCCUACUCCAUUUGAUAGGCCUUAAUGUUGGAGAUGUUGUCUCCACGACGACGGCUAUAAUUCUAAUGGAAAAAUAUAUGGUUUUGAGAAAAGCCGUGGAAGAAGAACUGGUUUGA